AUGAGACUCACGCAAGCGGGAGUUGAGGAAAUGUACCUCGGCGGCUCUCCCGACGGUCUUACCCUUCGCUUCAGGAUCCGCGACAAACAACUCGAGACCGCAUAUCGUGCGGCGAUUCAAGAACAUUUAGAUUUGGGCCACAUGACAAAGAUCGUCUCGGAUCAAUCCGCAAGCAACCGGUAUUAUUUACCGCACCACGGCUUGAUGAAAGAAUCGAGCAACACCACCAAACUCUGGGUAGUGUUCGACGGAUCGGCGUUAAGCACCGCUGGAGUUUCAUUAAACGAUACUUUGCACACAGGACCAAAAUUGCAGGAGGAUCUGUUCGAUAUUCUACUGAGAUUCCGCUCUCACCAAUACGUACUCACAGGCGAUAUUGAAAAGAUGUACCGACAAUUCCUCGUACGACCAGAGAACCGAAAAUGUCUAAGGAUAUUAUGGCGCAGCGCGAGUGGAGAAACCGAAACAUAUCAAUUCAACACAGCAACGUUCGGUUUAUCCGCAGCCCUGUAUCUAGCCAUUUGGUGCCUCCAGCAAUUGGCAGAAGACGAGGGACAUCGAUUUCCGCGUGUAGCAUCAGAACUCGCCGAGGUACUUCAACUAGUGGAUUUAAACAUCCGGAAAUGGGCAUCAAAUGACAAGGAAUUAUUACAAGGACUUUCCGCAGAGGAAACAAACCACCAAUAA